GCUGGCCAGCCAUGCAUGUUCUGGGUGAGGAUCGACAAAGACUGACAUGCGCUCGCUGGACUUAACUUGACAUUGCUUUAGAUGGUGGAUCGAUUCAUUCUUAUGCGGAUGGAUUCAUAUUGCGCUUGUUCUCGCAGGGCUUCUGGCUGUAGCGCUCCUCCCACUUAUUGUCGAUGUUCUGAUGUAGUAACAUCAUUCUGUGUAUCCUCAUCCACGUAUAGCGCAUUGUAUUGCACAUCUAAUGGUGCGUUGAACAAAGCGGGGUAGUUUCUUGGAGCCCUCAUCGUGAGGUUGUAUAGGACUACUUUAUCGGCGGCGUUUUCUCCUAUUGCCGCAGACAGGAGACUGUGGGAGGGGCCCUGCGUGUG